CGAAGACCUCUUCUAUACUAGCUCGACAGCUAACAAAACAGUUCAACUACUCUGUAGCCUCUAGGGAAUGCCACGAGCCCGGUCAUGUCUGGAAACAAAUCGGAUGACAGUUUUUUUGGAUAUCCGAAACAACCGGUGUUGUCUAAACUCUAUCCUAGAAGUACACCCGACCUUCAUCAACUAGUCCCAUCUGUGCCAGUUACUUCCAGACAGUAUUCCGUUCCUUCUACAUCAGGAUCACGAACAAUAAACUGUGCUAACGAUCUAAACGUUCCACAAAGAAUAUGUAAUCAGUCAGCUGAAGUUCAGAAGGCCAAACAUAACACAAAACAGAAUACCAAAAAAAUUAAUAGAACACGUACCUUAGAAAUUCCAGCAGAAAAGCACUGUAUUGAAACUGAGCGUCAUUUUCAUCGUCAACGUGUAGCCAGUGUACCUGAUAGCAGUAUGAUCAGCAAGGAGCUUUACCCAUUCUUCUUUACCGACGACAUGGCUUUUCAGCGGCUUCGAAACUUCUCAGUCAAGUCCAAACGAGUGAUCAAUCGAGGGGACUCUUUCCGUUUCAAAGAGGACCUAGCCCCCAAAACUUUAGAUAUCCCACACCUCCUUGGUAAAUCAGUAUUGCAAGUUUGUGAGAAUAACAGCAGCUACCAGGUCGUUGUUAUCGGCUCCCCUGAGGUCGGCAAAUCGUCCUUGAUAUACCAGUUCACCACCUCUGAAUAUAUUUGUAGUUAUGACGAAACUCAAGAUGAAGGAGAUGAAAAAUUGGUAACAGUCAUUUUAAACGAUGAAGAAUCUGAACUUUUGUUUAUUGAACAAACAAUGACGGAAAGAAAGACAGACAUGGAUCUUACCUUACCAACUGAUCACGCGGAUGCCUAUGUGGUUGUAUACUCAGUAACUAAUAGAGAAAGCUUUCAACGAGCCAAAACCAUUUUAAACUACAUCAAAAACCUAAAUGACGAAGACAAAAAAGCCAUUAUUUUAGUUGGAAACAAGACAGACUUAGCGCGGUUAAGGAUUGUUGGAACUAACGCUGGUAGAGAUUUGGCAACAUCUCAGAGAUGCAAAUUCAUUGAAACGUCAGCAGGCAUCAAUUAUCAUGUCGACGAACUACUGGUUGGAAUACUCAGUCAAAUUCGAUUGAAGCGCUCUCAUGCGGACAGAUGCGGAAAGCAGCGCAAUUCAGUGAGUUUGGACAAAACCAUCGGCCUAUCAUUAACAGCGGGCAAUUCCUUUAGGAGUAAAGGCGGGAUCAUACGGUUCUUUCAGAAAACCUGCCGCAAAUCAAAGUCUUGUGUGAAUUUACAGGUUAUCUAAGAACAAAUCACCUUUCACUUUGAAUAGGAAAUUGAUAAGUUAAGAGGAGUGUAAAAAAAUAAAUAAAUAAAUCUGCCGUUUACGUGAUUUUUAUCACAAAUUUUAGGUCUAUUGGUUUCUAAUGCUUUCCCAGCGUCUGCUUGUAACACGUUUUAUACCGUCUAAGUGUUUUAGAAUUUUAUUACUAUUGUUAGAUAACGUCAUGACCAAGACAUAUAACGAUUUACUUUAUUCCGUUGGUACAAACUAUUAACAAAUUCUAAUCAAAAGUAAGCCAUGUAGUUCAAAAUUAGAUUAAUUUUAUAAAUACCUUAUAAAUAAAUAGGAAUCUAAACCUAUAAUGAUCGGAAUGCAUUGAAGCAGUGCUAAUGAUAUUUUCGGACGUAAUUCCAAAAAAAGGACACUGUUGAAGACUUAUAUAGUGUAUGCUACAGUACAACCUGUUUUUUAAAUCAUAUUUAAUAUUUUUCAUCAAAAAUAAAUUGCUAAUAUGCAGAUCAAAGGAUAUGAAAAUUAAUUGUAAAUAAAGUGUCAUCAAUAAAGCUGAAUAUUUUUACAGGUCAAUAUUGUUGACUGCUUUUGUUGGUCAAUAUUGUUGGGUGUUUUUAUAGAUAUUAAAGGAAUGCAGAAAUCUGUGAAACUAAUUUGUACA